AUCCAACCACUCUGAAGUCAAAGGCGCUCUUGCAGCUGCUCAAGGCAUCAAUCAACAAGCGCCAGCGGGCAUGGCCAAGAACGAUCAGUACGAAUCUGUCUUUGGCGACUCAUCAGCACACUCGCCCUCAGACCACGACCCGCGCCCGAGAAAGCGACAAAGAACCGCGUGCGACAGAUGUAAAACCCGCAAACAAAAAUGUGAUCAUGUGCUGCCUAGCUGUGGAAACUGUGCGAAAGCUGGAUUAGAAUGUACGAGGGCGCCGCCGCCUGACCCGAGUGGACCAUCUUCUGCCUAUACCCGCAGUCUCGAGGAACAAGUCGCGCGCCUCGAAGCGCAACUUGCCUUGAGUGGUGAGCCAUUGCCAAGACGCUCGACAGAUGGACAAACACAUACUACCGGACAGGGCCAGGGACAUGGCGACGAAGCGAGCAAUAGUGUCGCUGAGAUUGUAGGUGCGCUAUCGGGUCGCAAUGUCGCUGGUACAGAGUUCUACAUUGGAACGACGUCUGGCUAUUCGCUCGCUCGAGAUCUUUCGGAGAUGGCCAGUGCUGUGGUCUGGGAUCGGACAGUCAACGUACAAGACUAUGGCAAUGUGGAUGGCGACGACCGGUUGAGUCCCAUCAAUAUCGCUGAACUACAACGGCAGACCCUGGAGAUCCCGUCAGAUGCACUCAGCGCGCGUCUCAUCAAUGCAUACAUUGGCAGAAUACACGGACGCUUCCCGGUCGUCUUCAAAAGUGAUUUAUGGGAUCUGCAUGCACGGCGUCAGAGUCUCUUUUCGCAAAAUGCAGUCGCCAACAAUGAGCAUGGGUUCAGUAAAUUUAUGCUCUUGAUGGUUUAUGCUAUUGCAGGACUCAAUCUACGACUGACGGAGGACUAUACAGAGCCGUCGCCCGAACUGUUUUACAUCCAAGCUCUCAAACAUAUUACAGCGGCGCGCGCUUCUUCUGCCAUCAACAAUAUUCAGGCCAUGGUGUUGCUUAUGCUCUAUCACAUGCGAUCUGAUGCGAGAACGUGGUCGACUUGGCAUAUGGCUGGUUUGGCGAUGCGCACCACCACUGAACUAGGGCUUCAUAGGGAGGCCUCAACUGCAGGACUGAAAUCGCGUCAAGUACAGCAAAGGCGCUGUCUCUUCUGGACGAUGUACUAUCUCGAAGGUGUGCUGGCGAGCACUUUGGGCCGACCGCCGAGUUUGAUUGAUACAGACAUUGAUCAGCCGAUGCCGUACAGUAUUGAUGAAUCAGAACUCGACACGGCAAAACUCGUUGUUCCUGAAUCAGGGAGAGAAGCGUUCCCGUACUCAAGCAUGACACAAUCAAUCUUGCUACAACAACUACGUCGGCUCGAAUCACGCAUGCAGCGAACGGUGCUGCGUGUGGAUGUACCAAUCGCCACACUCCUGCCAGAACUCUACCCAGUAUAUGAAAGUCUGCAGCAUUGGCAACGUCACUCUAUUCCACCGGAGAUGCAAGGUCUCGAGCUAGAUCGCCCAUUGCUGUUCUACAACAAGCUCAUUCGAAUGCUCCUGCAGCCCUUUUUGACACUCACAGUCAACCCAAACAUCAACACGGAAAUCAACCUUGGACCUGACAAGGAGCUCUUGAAGCAGUGUCUUGAGAGCGCUGGAACAAUUUGUCAAAUUCACAAGCGCCUGCACCAGUCUCCCGAAUAUGGCCAUACCUUUGUCACUGUGCAUACUGUCUAUGUGGCAGGAUUGACGUUACUAUAUUGUCUUUGGCUUGGUGGAGAGCAAGUCUGGUCGUUUGGUGUGAGUAACAACAUUCGCGCUUGCAGUUUUGUGUUGAGUAUUAUGGGUGAGCGUGCGCCUUAUAUUCGACGGUACAGGGAUUCCUUUGAGGGACUCGUUGAAGCGACCAUGACGAAAUUGGAACGACCGAAUGCAUUGAGUGGGAUGAGUGGAAAGGCUUCGUUUGCACAAAUUCAACAAGCGCAGCAGACUGGACAGCCGCCACCAGUGUCACAACAGCAGCAUCCACAGCAGCAUACACAGCAGCAAGCACCACCCACACCACAGGAACCACAUCUACCAGUGCCGCCUGUGCCCAACUUUUAUGAGCCGCCGAAUGGGUUAUCGAUGGAUCCAGAGAUGAAUCCGUAUUGGUUUGAAGGGUUGACGAUGGCGGAUGAUGGAGCGUGGAACAUGGCAAGAGAGCUGGCUGGGUGGAUUGACUCUGUGGAGAUUACUGGGACGGGUACGUCGUCUGUGCAGUAGCUGUUCUCUAGCCGUCUAUGGUCGUCUAUAGUCAUCUAUUACCAGCUAUAAUCACCGAUUACCA